CUUUACAGUACAUGACCUACUUAAACUUCAUACCAAAUACACGCCGUUACUGGGCGAGUUUUCAGAAGUCUAGCGGUCUUUCCAGAAUGGAUGUUUUAGCAGUUCCCCAAAAGAGAGAAGAGGGCUGGUACUUGUCUCUUAUGGCACCGAACACAAAGGGUCCAAAGUUUGCAUGGCUUGAUCCAUCAAGACUCUAUUGCAAUUCACAGGCACUGACAGAUUGUGUACAAGAUCUUCUCAAACCAUUCAAGAAUGAGACCAUUGACCUGGUGGCUGGAAUAGAUGCCAUGGGCUUCAUCCUCGGGUCAGCUGUGGCCAUAUCUUUAGGAAAGGGUUUUCUGGCCAUUCGAAAAGCAGGACACUUAUGUGUUCAAACUCUCACUCAGGACUACAGCGACUAUUCUGGACGAGAUAAACUCAUGGAAGUGCGUGUCGAUGUGUUAAAGCCAGGUCUGCGGGUUCUUAUAGUAGACCAGUGGAUUGAGACCGGAGGAACUAUGAAAGCAGCUAUCAAACUGGUGGAAAGUCAAGGAGCUACAGUUGUAGGCAUUGCUGCUGUGGCCAUUGAAAACAGUGAGGGAGGAAAGUGGCUAAAGGAAAACUAUAAAUAUUCCCACUGCAUUUCAAACAAGCUGCAAUCUCAGAUAGACAGUCAAUACCUGGAGUCUUUUAAAAACUUUAGUAGUUAAAUAUCACAAAAUGCAGGUUGUAACAUACAUUAUUGUAUGUUAAGAGGUAGGCAUCUUGUGAAGACUAAUCUUUCCUAGAUUAAAUGUUAAACUGCAUCGGUCAUAAGUAGUCUGACGUCUGUUGUUGUUACACUAAAAUAGCACUAGAGGUCACUAUCAGAUUGUAAAACAGAUUUUGAGCUUAGUACAAACUUUAAAAAGGUAAAAUACUAAUGAUGCACUUCAUGUCAAUUAAAGAUUGAAUCAAAAUAUUAUCAGUAUUAAAAUCAGUAUUUAAUAAAACAAUAUUAAAUGGCUCAUAUAAGGAAAAACAUUUUAUUUAGAAUAAAAUGUCAAUCACAGAAAACAAUGUAAGCUCUAAUACCUAAUACAGCAAGAAUUUAUAUCAAAGAACUUCUAUCAAAAAGGUUCUAUAUAACUUCAAGCAAAAUGACUUUUUAAUAUAUAAAAA